AUGCACGACGGCGAAGCGCUGUUGCACCCCAGCUCGGCACCUCCUACGUCCUCCCCGGCGACCGAGCGUAGGGCAUUCCAACCGCCGCCGAAGCGCGGCAUCGGGCUCAAUGACAAGCUUCCGGCGGCGCGCCCCCGGCAGCAGGCGUCCGGGUCGUCGAGCGAGUCCGAAGAGGAGGAGUUCAAGAAGGUCGAGUCGCUGCCGGACAUGACGCGCUCGUCGCGCCGGCCGCCCGUGGUCGACUGCCACAAUUACUCCGAGUUCAACAUCCAUGUCGCCGCGUACACGAGCACCGUCGCCGUGUCCGGGCACACCGUUGCGGUCGCACACCACCAUCACAUCAAGAUCUACGACCUGUCUGUGUCCGAGGCACCCGUGCGGAACAUCGACAGCCGGGAUGCGGGCCUGGACAAGCUGAACGGGUUCAAGGUGACAGCGAUGGAGUUCAAGGCGACACUCAACGCGGCGGAUCGCGGCGCGUUCCUCUGGCUCGGGUGCAAGGACGGGAGCCUGUACGAGCUCGAUAUUCGCUCGGGCAAGAUUGUCGUUACGAGGCCGGUGGCUCACACACACGCGGUGACGCACAUAUUCCGGCACGCGCGCGCGAUGGUGACGAUGGACGACUCGGGCAAGGUGCUCGUGUUCGUGCCCGAGCUUGACAGCGCGGACGACGUCCACCUCGUGUAUACCCAGCCGCGCGUCGUGCGCAUCACGGAGAAGCAGGAGUUUGCGAAGCUCCUUGGGGGUCAACUCUGGACUUCGACGCGAGAUCCGAAUAACGGGGGGUCGGUGGCAAGCACGUCGAGGGGCCCGAUCGUGAGGGUGUACGAUGUGUUCUCGCCUGGGAGCACUGGCAGGUCGUUGUUGCCGACUGAACACCUCGGUGCAGUGACAUCAGGAACCAUCCUGCCGUCUCAGCCCGACAAGGUCUAUCUCGGGCACGAGGGCGGCCAUAUCAGUAUUUGGCAGCUCACCACGAAGGAUGGGGUGCCGAUGUGCGAAGAGGUCAUCAAGAUCUCGACAUCGGACGUCCUGAGCCUAGAGGGAGUGAACGACCGGCUGUGGGCUGGAGGACGCAUCGGCAUGAUAUCUGCGUACGACGUCGUGCCGAGACCGUGGGUGGUUACCAAUUGCUGGCAAGCGCAUACGAAACUUCCUGUGCUCAGACUAGUUGUAGACACUUGGAGCAUCGAGAAGCUUGGUCGGCUUACUGUGUACAGCAUAGGGAGAGACGAGAAGCUCCGUUUCUGGGACGGUCUGUUGGGGACGCAGUGGGUCGACCAAGAGCUGAUGAAGCGCGAAGUGGAAUUCAGCACCUUCCGGACGAUCAAAGCCCUCAUCGUCUCCUGGAACCUCGACUCCGCCAAGCCCGAAACGCUCACGGGCACGCCCGAGAACGACCACUUCCUACGCGAUGCGCUCACGAGCGUCGACGACCCGGACAUCAUCGCGUUCGGCUUCCAGGAGCUCAUUGACCUGGAGAGCCGCAAGAUGGCCGCGAAGACAGUGCUCUUGGGAGGGAAGAACAAGUCACCCGACGGCGCAAUUUCGCAGAAGGUCUCGACGAGCUACAAGAAGUGGUACGAUUGCUUGGUGCUGGCGGUCCAAAGGGCGAUGCCGCCCGACGAGCCGUAUACGGUCAUACAUACGGAGAACCUCGUUGGGCUGUUUAGUUGUAUAUUCGUGAAGAACACGGAGCGGAUAUCGCUGAAGCACGUCGCGAUCACUACGAUCAAGCGUGGUAUGGGUGGACGGUAUGGCAACAAGGGUGGUAUUGUCGCGCGUUUUGUCAUUGACGAUACCUCGAUAUGCUUCAUCAACUGUCACUUGGCUGCUGGGCAACACCAUGUGCGCCAACGAAAUGCCGACGUCGCAGCCAUGCUAGAAGAGAAAUCCGUUUUCCCAGAAUCGGACGCGGUUGAAGAACCACUAGCGUAUGUGAACGGCGGAGAUGGUUCCAUGGUGCUGGAUCAUGAAGUCGUCUUCAUGAACGGGGACAUGAACUACCGCAUCGAGCAUCGGCGUGAUCUCGUCGCUGCCGCCAUCAAAGCCGGAGACCUUGAAACCCUACUCUCAUACGACCAACUACUCCGAGAGAUGAAGACCAAUCGCGCCUUCCGCCUGCGCUCCUUCUUUGAAGGGCCGAUCACGUUCGCGCCAACCUACAAAUACGACCGUCGCUCGAAUGAGUACGACACGUCCGAGAAGGCGCGCGUGCCGGCGUGGUGUGACCGGGUGCUCUGGCGCUCGCGCGAGCCGUCGCGCGUCGAGCAGCUGCACUACCGUCGGUACGAGGUGAACGUGUCGGACCACCGGCCGAUCUCAUCUGCAUUCCGAAUGACGGUCAAGUCGGUGCAGCAUGAGGCGCGCGCGCACGUCAAGAGCGAAGUAGUGGCACGCUGGAAACAACACGAACGCGCGCUCCUCAAGGCGUGCCACCAGUUCUUCGUCGACCAGGCGAUGAUAUGA